AUGGCUGGUAUGUGUUGUGGAGUAAAAAUUGGUGAGAGUGAGACUGCUGCACCCGUUGAGCCAAGUUCAAAAUCCGCCAGGAGAAAAAGGAUGGGAUGUCAACAAUACAAUAUUGUACCUAGCGACACCGUGGUGGCGCCGUCGCUGGAGAACGGCAAAAAGAAGAGGCUAAAGGUAGAGGUGGUUGUUCCGGCGGCGUCUCUGCCGCGGGAGUGCGAAAACUCGGUUGAGAAUUUUCAAGUGGAGCAGGAAGAACCUGUGUCACCAUCGUUUACAAGAAUCAAAACCGAUGUCUUUACGGAAUUUCCGGAAUUUGGCACGACUUCUGUUUGUGGAAGAAGAAGAGAUAUGGAAGAUGCAGUUGCAAUUCACCCAUCUUUUUGCGGCCAAAGCGAUAAUAUUCCUAGCAGGAUACAUUUUUUUGGAGUAUACGACGGCCAUGGCUGCUCACAUGUGGCUAUGAAGUGCAAGGACCGGAUGCACGAAAUAGUAAAAGACGAGGUAAAAUCCGGCGAGACAUCAUGGAAAGAAUUAAUGUUCAAAAGUUUUUCGAAGAUGGACCAGGAAAUCACGGAAUGGUCCGGCGAAGCCACUUAUAAUUGCAGAUGUGGACUUCAGACCCCUUGGUCUGACACCGUCGGAUCCACCGCCGUCGUGGCGGUGGUUACCCCGGAGAAGAUAAUUGUUUCCAAUUGUGGUGAUUCUCGCGCUGUUCUUUGCAGAAACGGUGUCGCAAUUCCCCUUUCUGUAGAUCAUAAGCCGGACCGGCCUGAUGAGCUUAUUCGGAUAGAAGAAUCCGGUGGCCGUGUCAUAUUUUGGGACGGGGCAAGAGUUCUUGGAGUCUUAGCAAUGUCUCGUGCCAUUGGUGAUGGUUACUUAAAGCCAUACGUGAUAUCGGAGCCGGAGGUGACCAUAACGGAGCGGAUGGAGGAGGAUGAGUGUUUGAUUCUGGCGAGUGAUGGGCUAUGGGAUGUUGUAUCUAACGAGACCGCGUGCAGGGUGGCGCGUAUGUGCCUUCAAUCCCGGAAACCACCAUCGCUGCCUAGGUCGUCGGGAAAUGACAUCAAGGUGACGGACUCCGGUCAGAGCUCCGAUAAGUCUUGCUCCGAUGCUUCUAUUCUGUUGACCAAACUGGCUUUGGCGCGACACAGCACCGAUAACGUCAGUGUUGUGGUGGUUGAUUUGAGGAGGGACUUGUAG